ACGUCUGUCACGUGUAACCAUUAUGUUCUGCGUUGUUUAUCUUAUAUAUACGCGCCUAUUGAACCCACAUCAUAAAUCUGAUAGCUUGCGAAAACACAGUCAUAAAUGAAUUUUAACGGUUUGCACUUACAGGGGUUAUACAUUGCAGCACUGACUGCCUGGCUGCGAGGAUUCGUUUUACCCGCCGCAUUCUUCUAAUAGCACGCAGUAAAUAUAGAUAAACAUGCACGUGAACGAGAGAGUCGAGUGUGAACGCGCAUUAGUAGUGGGAAAAUUGACGCCUGUUAGGGCGGAGUCCAAUGUACAUUUAUGUUUCGACUGCGAAAGUACGUAAGAGUAGUAUACUGUUGAAGGUUUGGAGCCUUGCUCGUGGUACUUCAAGGAAAAGUGACGCCAUUCCUCGAAUGUGUCCUAGAAAAACUAGAACGGAUGCUGUUGGAAUAUAGAGUGCAGGCAGAUGUCCAGUUAUAGGAUCGGCAGUGGUCUACAUGUCAAAAGCAGAAGUCUAAAGGGUCGAGGACUUUUUGCGAGAUUUCUGGAAAUUCCAAGGGAAUAGAAAUUUAUCCAAGCUGUGUGAAUACUAUGCGAGAAACUCGGUUCCCUGAGGAAUACUGCCAUCUAACUUCAGGAUCUAUACUUCAGUUUACUAUAACGAUUCACAAUCACACUCUUUAAAGAGGGACUCUACCAUGGAGCUCAUCCUUUUCAUCUGUAUCUUGUUUGCCACUGCUGUGGAAACACAGACCGUGCCUCCUACAGUGCAAGGUCUGGCUUUCAAAUUGCCUCAUCUGACGACCUGCUUCUCCCGAGAGUUGUUGACUUUCCGUUGUCAAUGGAAGGUUGGAUCUUUCCAGAACCUCACAGAACAAGGGGAUCUAAGACUUUUCUACAUAUUAGACAAGGAUUCGAAGAAAACUGAGAGGAAAUGGAGUGAAUGUCCAAGUUACAGUUCCUUAAGGAAAAAUGAAUGCUAUUUUAACUCCACCAAUACCGUCAUUUGGAAACAAUAUACGAUCCAGCUGCGUUCGCGCUCUCUUGAUGUUGUUUACGAUGAGAUUUCCUUCACCGUAGAGAACAUCGUGUUUCCAGACCCGCCCGUGGGACUAAACUGGACUGUGCUGAGCAUGAGCGCCUCUGGGUUAAUCAGUGAUGUUGUUGUGAGCUGGGAUCCGCCCCCUUCGGCAGCAGAGAACGUGAAGACGGGCUGGAUGUCGCUGGUGUAUGAGACGCAGUACAGAGAAAAGGAUUCAGAAAAAUGGAUCUCACUGAAUAAUGGCAAAAUCACACAGGCGUAUAUCUACGGUCUGCGCAGCAACUUGGAAUAUGAAGUCAGAGUGAGAUCACAAAUGAGAGGUUACAACUAUGGGGACUUCAGUGAAUCCAUCGUCAUACUCGUUCCCUACAAAGAAUCAAGGAUUAUGAUUACAGCUGUGUUCAUCUUUGUGGCCAUCGGUAUUGGCGUUACCUUGAUGGUGUUUAUAGUUUCACGCCAACAAAAACUGAUGGUGAUAUUUCUGCCACCUGUACCUGGACCAAAAAUCAAUGGCAUUGAUCCAGUGCUUUUAAAGAAAGGCCAGCUGAUUGAAUUUACGUCAAUUUUAGGCACCCACCCAAACUUGCGUCCAGAACUGUACAGCAAUGAUCCAUGGGUGGAGUUUAUAGAGGUGGACUUUGAUGAACCACAUGAGAGUCAAGAGGAGCUCCUGAUCGCAGACUCAUCUGUCUCUAACUCGCCUCAAAUGUCCAGUGGGUUUAGGGAUGAUGACUCCGGGCGCGCCAGCUGCUGUGACCCGGACCUGUCCGAUCAUGAUCAGACCGAUCUUCAUCAUCCUUCAGCCAGUGGACACGACGGUUUCCACUCCCUGUCUCACACUCAACCUGCGCCUGUCUCUCCACAAGAAACUACCUGGCCAAACAGUCUUUACUCUCAAGUGAGUGACAUUACACAGCGUGGUGAAGUAGUUCUGUCUCCAGAAGAGCAAGAAAUCGCCUGCUGUCAUAAUGAAGCUGUGAAGGAUAAUUUAAGAAAUAAGAGAAAAGAACUUCAGUGGUCGACUGUAAUUCCUGAUGAAAGAGGCUACACCUCCGAGUUUACCGCCAGUGCCAUCAGUGACCAACACGGUAAUCCAAACCCAAACACAACAGACCAGUCUCUCUUCACAGAACAGUGUCAAGAACCACAGAUGCCAUUCAGAGAACCUCAAAACCUGAGCACUGACACUUCGCCUCUGUCCGCAGCAUUUCCCAUCCUUGCAAAGCCUCCCAGUCCAGAGUACACAGUGGUAGAUGGGGUUGACUGGAAAAACAGUCUCCUCCUAAAACCAAAUAAACAAAUGUCCCCACAGAAAACAGUUGUAAAGACUAUUCCAACUCCUGGAGGAUAUUUGACUGCUGACUUGCUAGACAACAUUACUAUUUAACUACAAGUGGAGGAGCAUCUCAGGAUGUAUCACAGAACAGAAUUAUGUUUGCUUUUAUGUUUGUGGGAUAUCUGACAUGGUUGGCCGACACCAGACAAGCUUAAAAGAAAAACAAUCGGCCCAUAAUGAAAAAAUACUUUGGUUUAAAGUUAAAAAAUGGUUGUAUAAGGCCUGGAGUCAUUUUUAUACUGAUCAUUAUCACGAUUAUCACAGCUUUCCUCAUAUAGGUUAUUCUGAGCCGACAUUGAAAAUUGUAUCUGGAUGUUUACUGUCAUGGGAAAAUAUACCAACAUUUCAUGUUCUCACAUUUUCACUGCUUAUAAGGCAUGUAAAUAAUACACGUUCAGUGCACUAACCACUGUGUCUUUGUAAAGUGCCUAUUUUGGAUUUUGCUUCAAUAUCAGUGUUAUAAAAAAGUAUGUUCACAUUUGGGUUUGAAUCAUGGAGAUUGUAUGUGUUCAUGUAAAUUAUACAGGCUUUUGUUCGAUGAAGGACUGAACAGAUUUCCAUGCCACAAUGAUGUAAAUACUGUCAACUUGUUAUAACAAACCUGUCUCCGUGCUGCAUUAGGGCCUUGCUUUAUCAGUAUUGUUUAACAAAGCACAUAGUGUACAUUUCAAAUGGGACAUUUUUGAAAUAUUUGCCUUUGUAAUAUAAAAUACUUCUUUAAAAUAAAAAGGCAGCACUUCUCAGA